CUGGUGGACCGACCUAUUACUGUAAAAGGCGGAGCCCUUGGCUUUGUAGACGAUUACACGGCAUGGGUCGUGGGUCCGUCGAUUAGCCAUAAUGUGGACCGCCUCCAGCAGGAGGUUAUGCCACAAGCCGAGCAAUGGGCGGAAAGCAGCGGAGCUACGUUCGAUGGGGGAAAAACGCACCUUAUCUACUUCACGCGUCUGGACCGGACAAGAGACGCCCCGCCUGAGGACCUCCAAUUUAAAGGCAGGGAACUUAAAGCCGAAAAAGAGGUUAAAAUCCUAGGGGUCCUCCUAGACGAGAAGCUAAAAAUGAACGCAUAUGUGGCC